UUCCGAGCGAUUUCCUCGUUCUCUCAUCCGCUCCCCUCUCCCACUAGGACAAGGGGGGAAAAGCUCGAAAGCGCAAGCCGGCGAGGCGAGCGAGAUGGGCGCCGGGAGCAGCCGCGCGGACGCGCCGUCGCGGCGCCGGGCGCGCCUCAGCCUCGGCGGGUGCUUCGGGGCCGGAUCCUCCUCGUCCGCCGCCGCCGCUGUCGCCGCCGAGCACCGCGGCGGGAGCUUCACCGCGGCCGGGCCCUCGUCCUCGCGCGCUAUCGAGGUACAAUCUCGACAGUCAGGGCGACCAGUGAGUGCCCUGAAUUUUCAGGCUUCUCUGGCUGCUAAGGAUCUCCAGAUUUCCAGUGAGUCAAAUCCAAGGCUGCAUUCGUCUUCAAGCACCAUAAGCCAUCAUCUCAGAUUCAAUCACCUCAACUGUCAUGAGAACAAGGAAGAUGGCCUGGGGACUGAAAAUGCUGAAACAAGUGGCCUUGAAAGCUCAUCUAGGAAACCUGUCAUGGUUAGGGGAAGUCUCAGUAAUGAAGCUGUUAAUAGUGAUGUAUCAGGAGAAGGAAUAAGUUUUAUAGGAUCAGAGUUGGAAAAUGUUCCUAGCACAGUUUCCACUAAUGAAAUUGGUGACUCAACUUCUGAAUCUGGUUUGGGCCCCUCGUUGAUGACAUCUGAAAGGAUCAUGUCUGACUUAGAAGGAGAGAUAUCUCCGCAAGGGACCUCAUCAACAACUGUCAUGACAAGUGAAAGAUCAGAUGUAUCUCAAUCUAGCUUAACAUCUAUGUUUCCUAACUCUUCAACUGCAUCAUCUGCGACUGUGGAACCAAUGCCAGAUCCGAUCCCUACCAGAGCAGAUGUCCCCAUAUUCAGUGGGCCACAUGGUGAGACUGGAGGGAGUAUAUUACAUGAUGACAUGAUGAGCAUUUUCUCAAAUGAUGGUCUAGGACGCUUUCGAGAUUCUAUCAGCAGUGAAACAAGGAGGAGUCACAGAAGGAUUCUAUGGGAUGCAUUUUCCAGGCGCGGCUCAAGAGGUUAUCCAGAAUCUGAUGCUGAUGACCUUGGAUUUUACAGUACAUGGCUAGACCUUGGUGAUGACAUUUUUGAAGAGUUGGGGGAAUCAAGAUAUUUUCAUCGCAGGCGACAUGGUUCAAUUAGAGUAAGCCAGUAUUCAAGAUCCCGGAUUAGGGAGCAUCGCCGUGCUGUUUUUGAUAGUGGUAAUGAACAAAGCACUGCGGCAUGUCCUCUGGGGAUUCAUCCAAUUGGGCGAUGCACCUGUGAUUCUUUCUUGAUUGCUGAAGAAUCUAGUGCCCGUGCAAGUAUAUCAAGAAUUGUCAUGUUAACUGAGGCGUUAUUUGAGGUGUUGGAUGAAAUUCACCGUCAACCUGCAUCACUUUCACUUUCCAUGGUCUCUGUUCAGGCUCCUGAAUCUGUGGUUAAUUCGUUGCCAUGUAAGAGCUACAAAAAGCUUGAGACACCCCAAUGCAGUGAUGAUAUGGAACAGUGCCAUAUCUGCCUAACUGAAUAUGAGGAUGGAGACCAGAUAAGAACUCUUCCUUGCAAGCACGAGUUCCACCUGCAAUGUGUUGACAAAUGGCUGAAAGAAAUACACAGGGUGUGCCCUCUGUGCCGUGGAGAUGUCUGCGAAGUCGGCUCAUGAAGACCUUGGUGCUGCCAUCCCUCCUUGCGGCACUGGCGGAUAGAACAUCAUCCCCCGCUGCUUCCUGGUUGAAGCUGGUUGGGUCAGGCAACGGCGAUCCUGUCAAUUUGGACAGUUGACACCGCAAGAGCAUGUCAGCUUUGACUGUCUCCCUGCCGAAGAGAAUGGCCAAAUCCUGCGACCGAUGCGUCGUUGUUCCUGUCAUCAACUUUUAAGAUACAGACUUUGUAUAUAGCUUUUGUAGCCUCCCCCCGUGUAUGACAACCUGUACAUAUUUGUAAAUUCUAGAUUCCAAAAUUCUAUUCUCCUAGUCCUACCCUGAUGCCGAAGCGUAGCUAUUUGGUGCAGGUAAAUGAAUGCCAGCAUCCGUCACCGUUUCUUUUCA